CAAAAAAGUGCUGGAAGGCGAGGAAUCAGUUCAACUUGAAGGGGCUUGGUCCACCAAGCCGCCUGAGGCCCAACCAGAUAAGACAGACGACAUCGGACAGACAGCAGCAGAUGUCACUGCGCCUGCUGCUGCCCUCCGCCUCACCCCUUCCCGCCAGGCACUCCGCCGCAUCACCGAUGAAUUUAAGUCCUUCUUUAAAACCGUCCUGACUGCGGACUCAGAAGAAGAUGUGGUUCGCGCUACAGCAAAGCCAAGCACCUGCAAGGCUUAGCGUGUAUUCUCCUUGUUUGUUUGCCGGCGUUUGUGUGGCAUGCUAUGCAGCCCUUCAACAAGGUUGUGACGGUGUUGAACCUUGUUCUAUGGAUGCUGCUAGUCGCGAUUGCCCUUGUGAGUGCCAUCCUGCUGUAUGCGGAGCAGCUCGAGAUUGUCACGCCUCCCUUGAUGGACUCGAGGGGUGAAUGGCUGUACAAGAGCGUGUUAGAGUACCUGUCUGCCAUCACCCAUGUGAGCGACGUCACUGUCGAAUGGCACCCCACACCACAGAGCAUGUACGUACGGACCAGCGGAGGGGGAGACACACACCAAUCAGCACACACAACCUGCCUGCAGUCGUGUGUCUCGAUCGGCCUCUCUGCAUGUCUCUGUCUGUCUGUCUGUCUGUCUGUCCGUCCGCACAUGAGUGCAGUGGAUUUGGGUGUUGCUGGGGGCUCAUCGGUUUCAUGAGUCUGGUGACAUUGAUGUUCCACACGGUCUUCUUCCGGAGGACAUUGAUGUUCUGGAAUCUGCAGCGAUACAGAGAGUACCAAAGGCGGAUGAGCAAGUGAGACAGUGAAACAGCCAGUCGUGGACGCCCGAAGGGGAAGGAAUGAAUGCGCAUGUGUGUGUCGCAUUCACCCCCAGGAGCCGCACAUCGAGUCACUUCGUCAAGCCAACCCUCCGGCCGGCGGCGAGCGGGGAUGUCGCCUGUGAGAAAAGAGACAGCGUGGCAUCGUCGCUCAAAGCACUGACCAUAUCCCACAAUCUGGACCGCUUCCGGAGAUUCAGUGCCCGGUUCUACGUAUCAAGCCAGAAGAACAUUGGCUUCACUGGGCACAUGUUUUGGACCCACUUUGUCCUUGUGGAGUGCAUUGCCAUUGGUCUACAAUACAUCAAAUGCCUCAAAAUGGCCGGUCUGCUGGCUCAUCAGCUGAGUAGAGCCAGCUCCCUGUACUCAGCCUGUGUGUCCCGUGCGUCCCUGGCCGCAGGUGUAGAAGUCUUGUCGUACCACCAGAUACCGGCCUACAAGCAGUGGACCUUUGGCACCUUAUGCAUUCUGAUUGUGCUUCACUCGACCUCACUCGUGGUCAGUCGGGCAGACAGAUAGGCACCACUGCCCAAGCACACCGACACACAACACACGUCUGCCUGCCUGCCUGUCUGUCUGUCUCGUGACAUCCAUCCAUCCGUCCACCCAACGUAGGUCUUGUGUCAAUGGAACCGCCGUGGCUUUGCCGCCGUGAGCACAACUGUCUCCUCCUUAUUCUAUGUGGGACAUGCUUUGCUGGUCCACGAGGGCGCGCCGAAAGGCUUCAACAUCAACAGUCUUGUCGGGCUGAAAGCACACAAUGUGGUACACUUUCUGGGGAAAGCCGUGCCAUUGGUCAUGGCGCUGCUGGGGCUGAUGCAAGUGGAUGCCCUUCUUCUGAUCAAGGUAGGUAAUAUCCACCUUGAUCAAUCAUUCUAUGCCACUCGUCAAUCAAAGGCCCCAAAUCAAUGAUCAAGGCGUGUUACAACUGGCGGAGGGAGUGCUUGGACAGCAUGGGGAGACAACAGGCCGCGCAUCGGCCGCAUGGGGAGCUUGCAGAAGACCAGUACAGCAUUUACACCCCCUCAUUAGGUCACCAGGGUCAGUUGACUGACGCCCACGGGCAGCCAGACGGCAAAUCGGCUAAUGACAGACAGGACACACUCAUUUAUGUCUCAAUCUGUGUCGUGUGUACAGUCAUGGAGUCGAAUCACUACAGUCGGCGUGCUUCGUGGGCGGCCAGUCGGGAGGGCACGAUGGACUCCGUGAUGUGGAGGGCCAAAGUGAACGCAUUCUUGCGGAGACACUCGACUGAGGCAAUAUCCACCCUGCGCACACUGCCGCCCGACAUCAAAUUGGCGACUGCGCCAGACGCCCUCCACGAGAACGAGGUGACUUGUGCUGGGGAGCCGCCUUUCGCAGAUCAUGAGGCCGAGACUGCAGAAGGGACGGCACCGGUGAGGUCACGGUCCGAAGAUCCCGGUCGUGAGGGGCCCCUUCGCCUGUCCACCUUCGAUCAGCCAGUGGGGCGGGGCCGCGGGAGGCCAUCGAGGAGGAAAGCUGACUCGAACGAGUGGGGCUUCAUGAGCCCGAAGGUGAGUGGGAGGAGGGUCAGUGGAUGUCGACUGGCGCUGUGUGUGUUUGGUCCAUAUGGCUGUCUAUCCUGUUGUGUGUGUCGUCCAUUCAGAGCGUGCGUGCGCCAUUACAGGGCAUUUUCGAGCUGGACGAGUGGGUGUCGUCAUACAACGCGGACCAUAAUCCCCCGCAGCACGAGCAGCGAGGCCACAUCGACAUGCACAAGCUCGGCUGGCAUGUGGGGGAUUUCGAGUCUCCCCUUGACCAGUCGGUGGCCGCCACGCCGCCCCAGCGGCCUAUCGUCGACUCACACGUGGCCAGCCAUGACCUCUCGCCGUCGACCAGGUUGCAGCGCGCACUUAGCGGAGUCGAGACAUUCUCCAGUCCGCGACACGAGGACAGGAGCAGCGUCACGCACAGCAUCUUGAGCGGUCCCGUAUCGGAUGAGCCCGCCCCCCAGUCGGUGGCCAGGACCGAGGCGCACCCCCCUCACACCAUUUCGGUCUCGGCAGCGGGGUAUACAAUCCAAUACCCAGCCGACUCCGACGCACACUCUCCGGCCGCAAGCACAGGACAAAAUGCCCACACAGCCGCCGCCACGCAUGCGCAACAGCCCAUCUCGGCGCCUGUGGCUGCCAGACAUGCAGACGAGGACAUACCUGCAACACUCUCAGCGGACCAACUGGCCAUGGAGGUGCGGUUCAAGCUCUCGGCAAGUGAAACCAUCGAGGGCGAGGAGCAAUGGCUGCAGCCGCCACGGACCCCGUCUAUCACCCUGUAUUUGUCAAGGGUAUCAAAGGCCCUGUCAAUAUCAUUCAUCAUCCGUUGCCAACACGAUAGGCGAGCCACCGUGUGUGUGUGUGUGUGUGUGUGUGUGUGUCUCAGGCUGUAUCCGAGUCGGUGGCUCAGUUGCAGCACUCCAUCCACCGUCGGGAUUGGGAAACGAUCGACGUGAGGGUGGCAUUCUGGCUAUCCUUUGCCGUCACAGUCAUAGCCUACCUAUUUGGAGGCUUCCUGCUCGCACAGUGCAUUUGGGCAUCCAGAGAAUGCGAGCAUGUCCCUGGCUGGAAAGGUGAGUGAGUGAGUGGGUGGGCAAAAUGCUGGUGCAUGCGACAGACACAUCAGGACAAUCAGUCACAUCGAUCGCAUCUGUUGGUGCUGCAGCAUGCACAUAUACCACCUGGCCGCCCUUCAAAGGCACCAUGGAAGGUCAAUGCUGCCACACCAACGAGGGCACACGCAUCAAUGAAGGAAUACGAUGUACCAAGGGUACAUGCGUGCAUGCGGGUCGCCUUGGUACACGACCAUGUGACUGUCGAGUUGCCUACAUUGACCAAAGUGGGCACACAUCGCAAGACCUGUAUGGAUGUGUGUGUGUGUGUGUGUGAACAAGGGAUGAGCUGAGCUGCCUGUAUUGUUUGGUCGUCAGUGGGGGACGCUCACGUCAUGACGGAAGCCCUGCAGCACUUCAGCACCCUAGAGGUAGGGUGCUCUGUCCAUCGCUCGAAAGGCGCCUGUCAGCCGUGCGAGAUGGCCACAUGCAUCACCCCCUGCCACUCAUUCCCCCUGUCGGGUCUGUCCCCGUUUCCCUCCCUACAUACAUUAUUCAUUGAUCGUAGGCUAUUGGUGUUGUGUUUGACUCCUCUGGGCCCUACCACUUGAACAUGACCACCAUCAAUGAGCGGGACCUGGGCAGGCAGAUGCACCUACGCACCAUCGUAUGGACCAGGACGGCACUCAAGAAAUACCCAGCUGAGGCACUCAAGGAGAUAUCCACGGAAGGCCACAAACGGCAUGAGAAACAUCACGGGCACGGUGUCUCGCACACCUACUUCUCUGGUGAGGUGAUUAUCGAUCAGUCAGUCGGCCAAUCAGCUCGUAAUUACUCUUAUCCAUGGAUGCCAUACAGGCAAUAUGAUCAACGAUGUGCCCAGGGCCAUCUGUGAUCUCGAGGGCCUGAGGUCGCUGGAUGUGCGAUGCAACCAGCUGGCCACUCUGCCGUCAUGCCUGGCCACGCGGCCAAAGAAGCUGCAGCAUGUCUUCAUGACUGUCAACCCUAUAUGCGAUGUCGAUCAGGCCGGCAGCAGCUUCUUCGACAGCAGCGAUGCCUGGCGGGCCUUCAAUGCCAAACAUGACCCUUGCCUGAGGCAACUAAUGGCUGGACACGCUGAUGAUGUCAUCGACCCGCUCUUUCUCGCAUCCUCUCAAGUGGACCACCGUUGCCUGGAGCCGCAGUGCUCAAAACUAUGGAAUUCGUUUCAAUCACUCGAUGUGUCUCGCGACGGCUGUGCCCAAAUCGAAGAGCUGCAGUCCUUCUUCCCGGGCCGUAAGCUAGCUGACCCGCACAACCAUGCACAGUGUCUCUUCCUUCCUUCCACAUGUACGUGUACGUUUUCGUUGUGUGGCUGUGCUGUGCUGUGCUGUACCAAUGCAUGUAGUGUCUGCGGGGACACUGGACCGGAUGAUCGAGAGACUGCUGCCCCUUCUGGCGGACCCGCCUGACCCACAGCAGCAACAAACCGGCGCGGCAUGUGCUACGUUCAUCGUCUUCGUAUUGUCGGUUUCUCGAGUCAGCUUCGACUGUGGAUUGUGCUCAUUCGAGAGAUAGAUAGACAGACAGAAUGAAUAUGUGACAAGGAUGGAUGACGAGAGGGCGCUAGAAGGUGCAAAUGUGGCUGUCGGCGAUGAUACAGACGGUAGAUCAUGCAUUUUUCUGGCCGGCUGGCUUCGUCGAUGCGGCGCCGUAG